AUGGUUCUUCUGCACUCUCCCUCACGUGCACUCUCCCUCACGUGCACUCUCGCUCACGUGCACUCUCCCUCACGUGCACUCUCGCUCACGUGCACUCUCCCUCACGUGCACUCUCCCUCACGUGCACGCUCCCUCACGUGCACUCUCCCUCACGUGCACUCUCCCUCACAUGCACUCUCCCUCACGUGCACUCUCCCUCACGUGCACGCUCCCUCACGUGCACUCUCCCUCACGUGCACUCUCGCUCACGUGCACUCUCCCUCACGUGCACACUCGCUCACGUGCACUCUCCCUCAUGUGCACGCUCGCUCACGUGCACUCUCCCUCACAUGCACGUUGGCUCACGUGCGCUCUCCCUCACGUGCGCUCUCCCUCACGUGCGCUCUCCCUCACGUGCACUCUCGCUCACAUGCACUCUCCCUCACAUGCACGCUCCCUCAUGUGCACUCCCCUCACGUGUACGCUCCCUCACGUGCACUCUCUGUCACAUGCACUCUCCCUCACGUGCACUCCUCUCACGUCUCCUCCUGCUCCUCUCAGUUCCUCCUGCUCCUCUCAGUUCCUCCUACUCCUCUCAGUUCCUCCUACUCCUCUCAGCUCCUCCUGCUCCUCUCAGCUCCUCCUGCUCCUCUCAGUUCCUCCUACUCCUCUCAGCUCCUACUACUCCUCUCAGCUCCUCCUGCUCCUCUCAGUUCCUCCUACUCCUCUCAGCUCCUACUACUCCUCUCAGCUCCUCCUGCUCCUCUCAGCUCCUCCUGCUCCUCUCAGUUCCUCCUACUCCUCUCAGUUCCUACUACUCCUCUCAGUUCCUCCUGCUCCUCUCAGUUCCUCCUACUCCUCUCAGCUCCUACUACUCCUCUCAGCUCCUCCUGCUCCUCUCAGCUCCUCUCAGUUCCUCCUACUCCUCUCAGCUCCUACUACUCCUCUCAGCUCCUCCUGCUCCUCUCAGUUCCUCCUACUCCUCUCAGCUCCUACUACUCCUCUCAGUUCCUCCUACUCCUCUCAGCUCCUCCUGCUCCUCUCAGCUCCUCCUACUCCUCUCAGCUCCUCCUACUCCUCUCAGCUCCUCCUACUCCUCUCAGCUCCUCCUGCUCCUCUCAGCUCCUCCUGCUCCUCUCAGCUCCUCCUGCUCCUCUCAGCUCCUUCUACUCCUCUCAGCUCCUCCUACUCCUCUCAGCUCCUCCAUCUCCUCUCAGCUCCUCUUACUCCUCUCAGCUCCUCCUACUCCUCUCAGCUCCUCUCAGCUUCUUCUGCUCCUCUCAGCUCCUCCUGCUCCUUUCAGCUCCUCCUGCUCCUCUCAGCUCCUCCUGCUCCUCUCAGCUCCUCCUACUCCUCUCAGCUCCUCUUACUCCUCUCAGCUCCUUCUACUCCUCUCAGAAGACCUGUGACAUCACUAUGACCUGUGACCUCACUAUGACUUGUGACCUCACUAUGACCUGUGACCUCACUAUGACCUGUGACAUCACUAUGACCUGUGACCUCACUAUGACCUGUGACAUCACUAUGACCUGUGACAUCACUAGGAGGAGGAGAUGA